AUGCCAGUACAGAUCUACCCCCCUACUAUCAUCCUAUCCAGCGGCGCAGGUACAAGCACGGUUAGAGAGGCAGAUGGGUUUCCAGUGGCUAACAACUCUCCACCUCUUGAUGGGUCUUCACCAUCUUCUCCGGCUCCUGUCUCUCCAGAGAUACCAGCAAGUCCCAAAGGUGCCAGCUUUAACCCAUCCAACAAUGUUCAAGCAGCUUUCAAUGAUAUUCAGUCCUGCCCUCUUUUAACUGAAGACUUAGAUCAUUCUUGUGAUGACUGGAAACUGUGUGCCAUUGGUUAUGUUUUUGGAAAAUUUCCUGGUUAUAGAGCCUUGAAUAGCAUCAUUGGGAACAUCUGGAAAUGUGAAGUAACCCUUACCAUACAUGAAUCGGGCUGGUUAGUUUAUAAAUUCCAAAAUGAAGAAGACAAGUUCUCUGUAUUAUAUGGAGGGCCUUAUUUAGUAUAUGACAGGCUUCUCAUCUUGCGUCCCAUGUCUGAAUAUUUUGAUUUCUCAUGCUCUGAAAUGACUCAAGUCUCUGUUUGGAUUAAGUUCCCAAACCUGCCAUUGAAAUGCUGGACACCGAGGUGUUUAUCAAAGCUUGCAAGUGUUCUUGGUAAGCCAAUACAAUGUGAUAAGUUAACUUCCACCAAUGAGAGAUUAUCAUGUGCUCGGGUGCUUGUGGAAAUGGAUCUCCUUGCUGAUCUUAGAUCCUCCAUCAAUGUUAUCCUGCCUAAUAGAAACCCCCUCAUUCAAAGGGUUAUCUAUGAGACGCUGCCUAAAUUUUGCAAGCAUUGCAAAGUGCUAGGCCAUUCCACUGGAGCAUGUUCUAAAGGCAAAGAAGAGGCCAGAACAGUAGGGAAGGCAGGUUCAGCUAAUGUUGUUGUUGCUACCAAGAAAAAUGUCAAAGGUAGUGUCUUUACUCGACUCAGCCCCUCUGUUGAUGAUUCCCUUGUUGAUGCCCCGCCUGUUAUUGCUCCCCCGGUUGAAGUCUCCCCUGUUGAUACUCCUCCUACUGAUGCUCCUAAACUUGAUGCUCACAUUGUCCCUAUAGAGACUUGUGUAGCUCAGGAUGAGCAACAUUGUUCUCAAGCCACAACUGCUGGUUUUGAAGAGUGGCAAACUGUUCGGAAAAGGAGAAAUAACAAUGGUAACAAGCAGCACCCAUCAAAAUCUUUACCUGCUGAAAGGCUUAAUAGUCCUCUCAAACAGCAUGAGGUUACUGGCCUCAUGAAGGGUAAAAAGAUUGAUUUUAUAAACAAUGUUGAAGCUGCAAUAUAUGCUCGGAUAGUUGUUUUUUGGAACCCUGACACAGUAAAGGUUGAGAUGCUUCACUUCUCUACCCAAGGGAUACAUGUUCGGAUUACAAGCUUGGUUCACCAAUAUAGUUUUACAGCCCCCUUCAUAUACGGUUUCAACAUCAUUACUGCCAGAAGAGCUUUGUGGAAGGAUUUAAGAAGAUGGGGCACGAAAUCACCAUGGAUUCUUCUUGGGGAUUUUAACUCUAUUCUCUCUCAAGAUGAUAAGCAUAAUAGGGAGCCAGUCUCUAACUAUGAAACUUCAGAUUUCAGGGGUUAUGGUAAACGCUCAUUGGUUCACAUUGCAGCAAAUGGCCCAUGUCCACUUUGGUACCCAGGAGCUUUCUCGGACCAUUCUCCAACUACUAUCCAGCUGGGAUUAUGGGAAUUCCAUGGCAAACAGAAUUUUAAAUUCUUCAACAUGUGGGUUGCUCAUCCUCAGUUCUUGGAAAUCAUCUUUCAGCAUUGGUAUUUGGAUAUCUAUAGGUCGCAUAUGUAUAUUCUCUAUAAAAAGCUCAAGCAAUUGAAAGGAACCCUGAAGACUCUGAACAAUCUUCAUUUCAGCCACAUUUCGGAGAAGGUAGCUAGAGCAGAAAAGGACCUGGAUGAUACUCAGCUUCUUCUGCAGAAUGACAGGGACAAUGGUCAUCUCUUAGCACUUAAAAAGCAGCAGAGGCUGAACCUUGUAAAUCUUAAAUCUGCUGAGAAAAUGUUAUUUGGCCAAAAGUUGAAAUGUGCUUUCUUUAAAGAUUGUGACAAGGGAACCAGAUUUUUUCACUCUUUGAUGAGCCAGCGUCAUAGGAGACACCAUAUUCUUGCUAUUAUUUGUAGUGAUGGUAUGCUCACUUCUUCGACUGAAGAGGUUAGUAGAGAGUUUGUCUCAUACUAUAAAGAGCUCUUGUGGACUUCCAAGCCUACUAUCCUGCCAAGAGUUGAGGUAGUUCAUUGUGGCGCCUGCAUUAAUGCCGACUCUCAUGACUAUCUUCUUGCUCCAGUAUCUGCUGAUGAUAUCAAGCAAGUUCUCUUCAGUAUGGAUGAUGACAAAGCUCCAGGCCCGGAUGGAUAUACCUCUGCCUUCUUCAAAAAAGCUUGGAACAUUGUUGGUGAUGACUUUUGUUCAGCCGUUCAAGAUUUCUUUGCCUCAGGAGAGAUUCUCAAGCAGCUUAACCAUUCUAUCAUAGCCCUUAUUCCAAAAUCAGUAAAUGCAAACUCUGCUGCAGAUUACAGACUUAUUUCUUGUUGUAACGUCACUUACAAAGUGAUUUCCAAGAUUUUAGCAGGGAGGCUGGCUCAUGUGCUCAAUGAUAUUAUCAGCCCUUCUCAGAACGCUUUUCUUGGAGUGAGAUUCAUGGCAGAUAAUAUUAACCUCAUGCAAGAGCUUCUGAGGCGAUAUGGGCGAAAAGGUCUCUUGGGGUUCCCUGCUAGGUUUGUUCAUCUUGUUAUGAAAUGUGUUGAGACUACCUCAUUUUCUGUCUGCAUCAAUGGUAAUCUCUUCGGUUUCUUCCAAGCUUUGGGAAUCAGCCAUUUUGGUUUCGCUGAGGAUAUUCUCCUGCUCUGCCGUUGUGACAUGGUCUCUGUUAGCAUUAUUCUUCAUCAGCUUCAUGUUUUUUGGGAGAUAUCUGGCCUGGUAAUUAAUGCAGCCAAAUCCUCUAUAUUCUUUGCUGGUGUUUUGGGGGAUAUGAAGCAGGCCAUUCUCGGCCUCUCUCAGUUCACCGAAGGGAGUUUUCCCUUCAAGUACCUAGGUGUCCCUCUCAGCCCUCACAAGCUUCUCGCCAGUCAAUUCUCUCCUCUCAUUCACAAGUUAGAAUUGGCUAUUUAG